UUUUAGGUCUCGUCUGGCAGAUUUCUUCACUAACUGUCAACCUGAGCCCCGCUCUCUCUCUGGCUGUCUGAAGGAGAACUACGCUGACUGCUUGCUGUCGUACUCUGGCCUCGUUGGCACGGUGAUGACCUCAAAUUAUCUGCGUUCACCCAAGAUCAGCGUGUCGCCAUUCUGUGACUGCAGCAGCAGUGGCAACAGCAAAGAGGAAUGCGACAGAUUCACAGAGUUCUUCACUGACAACGCCUGCCUGCGUAAUGCAAUCCUGGCUUUUGGAAAUGGGACAGACGUGAGCGUGUGGCAGCCGAUGCCCCCAGUGCAAACAACCACCUCUAUGACAACACCAUCCCAGAGGAACAGGGAUCGAGGCAGAUCACCCAACGCCAUAGAGCCGGCCACACACAUCAACCAUCUCAACCCGGCUGAUAACUCCCUCUACCAGUUCUGCGGAAGCCUCCAGGCUCAGAAGCUGAAGACAAACAACACAAUAGAUGUGUUAUGUGUGGACCCACAGAUCAAUGACCCCAGUUCCUCCAAUGCCAUCUCCAGGAACUCGUCCACUCGGGAGACGUCUCUAUCAGGCCUUAGCUCUCUGCUGCUCCUGCUGGCUACCUCCUUGUACUGCAUCUUCACAGUAGCGGUGUGGUAGCCACCUAAGAACAUAAAACACGGACAGUCACAAUUUGUACAAAGUCGAUCGCUGUUCCUGGUCAAUCUGUUGUACUCUGUACUCUCUCUUUCUCUCUCUUAGUCCCUCCCUUCCUCUCUCUUACUGUUCUGUUUUUUAAAGAGCUUUUGUUGAUGUUGUUAAUGCAACGAAACAAAGUGGUCUUGGUGUACUCGAGUUUCUGUCUCUUCCCUCCUGAUUUUGCAUCGGAAGAUGAAACGUGAAAGAAAUGCGAGAGAACCUCGGAAUCAUUGCAGCAUUGUCAUGUGAUGUUGUGCCGUCUAUACAACCGCUGGUGUUUUGAGGGCCAGAAAUUAUAAGGACUCCUGUCACAGCAUGGAGAGCAUAGAAUCUUAUCUGUGCAUAUGUGCACUAUCCAUUGCUCACUGGUACACAAAGACACAGCAAAAUUGAGACCGAGACACAAUAGAACAUAAUUCCUGAGAUGUGUCACUGUCUGUAGGUCAAACAGUCAAACAUAUCGAAAGACAUUUACAAAACAUCUAGUUGUAGAAAGUGAAAGGAGAGUUUAGAUAGAUCAAGAGUUUUUGGAUGACCAACAGGACAGUAGUUUGUCUGAAAAUACAUGAAGGAGCUUAUUUGACCAUUUUACUCUUGUUUGUCAUGGUGUGUUUGCGUGUGGCUGCAUGUGUGAAUGCGUAAUGUUGUUUGUACAUCUGUUUGUUUGAAUGUGAGGUUGAGGUCAUGGGUUGACUGGAUGGAUAUGUCAAUAGAACUGGGGUUUCGUAACUCCUGUGUCACAGUUUAAAGGAGAAAACACGGACUGAGGCCAGUCAGCAGCAUUGAUUCUUGUGUAAUCAGACGAUAUGUCAAGGUUCUAUUUUACAAUUACAUAUAUAAGUAUCUGUAAAUUGCACAUCACCACUCACCAGACUAAACCAACAGGCAUCCGCGUAUCUACUAAGUGUAUAUUGCUUUUCUGAUGUUGCUUUGACAGGGAUUUUCAUACUUCAACCCAAACGAAUCAUGCAAACUAGUCAUGUAUGUAUUAUAAACUGUAGCCAGUUUUUUGUACUGUAUGUCUAUACAAAAGUUACUGAAAGAGUCAGUAGCGGUGAUCCUGCAUCACAAUUAUUUGAAAUCAGUGAGAAUUCUUUCAAAAACAUACCCAGAAGUCUUAUGAGCCAUGUGCAGUUUAACCACCUCAGAGGUACAUGUUAAAAGAGUCUAUGACAUGCUGCUUUGGUUCAUGUGGCAACUUGAACAACGAUAAUGUAUUGUUGUACUCCAUGGUAUUUACGGGACAUUUUAAGUGCUACAUAAAAAACACACACACACACACACACAAACAUAUAUAUACUUCUACAUGAACUAUGUUUAUAGAGCCUGCUAUAUUUGAAUUGGGAUCUGGUUAUUCAAUGUAUUAUCAUAUUGGAUGAGGAUUUAUUGCUUUUCUCAGUAACUAUAUAUACAGCAUAUAUUUUUGUUUAGAGAUUACAGUACAAAACAGUACAAGACUUGCAUCUGUAAUUAUUUGCUGUCCUGUCCUGUAUCCCAAAUGAAGAAAAUGUACAACAGCCAUUUAUUUACUAUAACACUAUGUUAUUGUUUCAUGGUAAGCCAAAAAGAAAGGGGGAAAAAUAUUUUUGCAUUAUGAGUUUAUUUAUUAUGUUGUUUUUUCUGCUGGUAAUCAGUACAGGAACUUUAAAAGUACGAACACUAAAAAACCAAGCAUGAGUGAUGGAAAUGCAAUAAUG